UCCCCGGAAGUUGGACGCAUGCGCCGUUUCUCUGCAUGAUGUGUGUUCUUAUUCUAGCUGCGGCUGCAGGAGCUGUGGCGGCUUUCCUAAUCCUGCGAAUAUGGGUAGUGCUUCGUUCCAGGGACUUUACGCCCCGGGAGUCUCUCAGUAUCUUGGUGGUGGCUGGGUCCGGUGGGCAUACCACCGAGAUCCUGAGGCUGCUUGGGAGCUUGUCCAAUGCCUACUCACCUAGACAUUAUGUCAUUGCUGACGCUGAUGAAAUGAGUGCCAAUAAAAUAAAUUCUUUUGAACUAGAUCGAGCUGAUAGAGACCCUAAUAACAUGGAUUUUUCAGUCGUGUGGCAUUCACUAAAUAAUAAAUUAUACCAAAUACUACAUUCACCGAAUUCCAAGAAGCCGGGAGGUUCGGCAGUCCUGGCCCUCCACCGUUUUCACCACCUUGCACUCCAUGUGGCUCUCCUUUCCCCUCAUUCACCAGGUGAAGCCAGAUUUGGUCGUAUACAAGACCCUGAACUGGCUGGUGCCUUGAUCUUGGACUUCCCAGGCUCCAGAACUGUGUUGUGUAACGGACCAGGAACAUGUGUUCCUAUCUGUGUAUCUGCCCUUCUCCUUGGGAUACUAGGAAUAAAGAAAGUGAUCAUUGUCUACGUUGAAAGCGUCUGCCGUGUAGAAACGUUAUCCCUGUCCGGAAAGAUUCUGUUUCAUCUCUCAGAUUACUUCAUUGUUCAGUGGCCAGCUCUGAAAGAAAAGUAUCCCAAAUCUGUGUACCUCGGGCGAAUUGUUUGACAAAUAGCAACUGACUUCUUUAGAAUUUCGCAGUUAACAAUAGUAUGUACUCAAAUUGGGGGGGGGAACCCUACAUUUUAUUGUAAAGGUGUCUGCCAGUCCUGAGAAUUAUUGACGGUAAGGAAUAAAAGAUGUACAGAUGACUCAGUGAAGAAACUGACACUUCUCUUAUGAAACAAACAUUGAUAAACAAUAACUACUAAAUAUUUAUGCCUCUGUAAACCAAAUCUCUUUUCUAGAUAAAAAUAUGCAUCACUACCUGCAAAUUU